UACAUGUAUUUCGACUGGGAAUCUUACGCAAGUUCCUGAAAGAAUUUCAUCGAGAAAUAACGGAUUCAACAAGCCACUUCUAUUCAGAUAGCCACAAGUUAUUCACUGUAUGAUAUCCUUUCGAAUUUGGAAUUCAUUGUGUCGGUCGUUUAGUGCAAACGUUACCGAUAUCUGGAAAAAUAUGGCCAAUGUUGUUCAAUUAGGAGGCAAUCCAGAUUGCCUUGGUGGUGCUGUAGCACUGGCAGCUAAUAGUUUGAUGAGUGGCAACAUAAUAUCUGUUCCCACGGACACCAUUUAUGGGCUGGCUGCAUUGGCUCAGAGUGCAGAGGCAGUAGAGAAGCUGUACGAGGUCAAAGGUAGAAACGGGAACAAACCCAUUGCAAUCUGUGUCAGCUGCAUUGAAGAUAUCCAUAGAUGGGGAUAUGUGACUGUUUCCGAUGACAUCCUUCGGGACCUCCUACCUGGACCUGUUACAGUCGUCUUCAGGAGAAGAACAGAGCUCAACCCUGACUUCAAUCCAUCCUCUGAACUCAUUGGCCUCCGUAUCCCCAAGUAUCCCUUCAUACAGCAGUUAGCAGCAGCAGUAGGUGAACCGAUAGCGUUGACUAGCGCUAACCCAUCAGCCCAAAGAAGUACCCUCGCAGUCAAGGAGUUUGAAGACCUAUGGAGUAAGAUUGACCUAGUGUUUGAUGGUGGUGUUUUAAGUGAUUCAGAAGAAUCAAGACAAGGUUCUACUGUCAUUGACCUAUCUGUCAUGGGUAGAUUCUCUAUCAUCCGACCAGGAAGUGCUGAAGAGAAAACCAUCAAGAUUCUGAAUGGAAAGUACCAUCUAAAGGAGAAAAAGAGAUAAUACACACCCAAAAGUUAUCUAUCACAGAGCUUUUAUAUCAGGGAAUCUUACUGAUGCCACCUUGCAGAAGCAGCAUUCCUUAUAAGUGGGACUGAUCAGUUGAUCUUUGACCUCAGCAUCCAUAUGAAAGUGUGAAAGUAUCGGUGACCACUGACAGUUGCAUAUAUAUAUAUAUAUAUAUAUAUAUAUAUGUAUGUGAGGAGAUAAGUUUAUUCGGCUUCAGUGAUGAGCAAAGGAUAUGAGAAAUAGUAAUCUCCAUUGACAGGAAAAAAAAAUGAUGUUGUCAGAUAUUGAAUGAUUGAUGAUUCAGCAGAGGAGUUUAAUCUUUGAAUCAGAGCUGCGUUCAUAAUCUUGGAUAUGUUUUAUACAAACAUUUCAAAGAGAUUUCAUUCCAGUAUUGUCUCAGGUCAGUAUUCAAAUGGCUAACUGGUACUGUUAACCUGUUACCAAGGGAACACAAUAGUCUCAGUUGUGAAUAUCAGUCAACAGGUUUUCUUCAAGUUGAAAGUUUUCCUUGGACAAUUAUCGGAGGAGAACUCUCUGCAUCAUCUCAUCAUUCUUAUUUAUGAUGACAUAGAUACAUUAUACAGAUAUUAAUGUUUCCUCUCCCCCAUGGAGUUAUAUUUUUCGCAAGGAAUUAUAUUUUCCCAAAGCAUGCAGCGCUGAGUGAAAAAUAUUCUCCCGAGGGAAAAAUAUAGCUUCGGAGGGGAGUUUAAUUUUUUUAUUAAAACGAUUGACCAGGCAAUAUUUUUGAUGUUAUAUAGUCUAUGUGGAUUCGCCACCAGAGAUUGCAUUCAUCAUCUGGCUCCAAAAUGAAAUUCUUGCUACAGCUCUGAUCCAUCUACGUCAUAAUAGAUUUUUUUUUUAAAUACAUCAAGCAGGUUCUUCAUGCAAUUGACGCGUUAACACUAGUGUGUACAUCAAAUAAACUACCCGAUUGUACAACUUGUAAGCAGUGAGUGGCGUUAUUUUAGUGAAUAUAACGCCGCAAUUGACAAUACAAUGCAGUUAUAUUCACUGAGGUGACGUCAAAACCUAGAAUAUAACAAAUGCGAUCCUCGCAGCUAUGGUCAAGUGAUGGCGUAUUGACCUAUCACUGAUUCGAAUCUACAUAACCAAUGUAAUAAAUAUAUUAAAUAUGUCUAAAAUUGGAGAGAAUCUUAACAAAUAAUUCUUAUAUCUACAUCUAGCAAAGAGGAUUUAUAUUUUGUGUGCACUCUUUAGCGCUCUGUUAUGUUAUCAGACUGUUGCGAGGUUGAUGAUUAUCCAGACACUAGAUGUUGGAGAAAUUGGACAUUUCUGUGAAGAAAAUAUCUUUCACAUCUUUCUUGUGUAAAUUGAUAACUGAUUAUAUCAAGUGCCUUUUACAU